AUGGACGGGAUGUCUAUGCCAUCAUCUAUAGAGUCUUCGGUCUCAUCCACGGUACAAUCAACGUUUGCUUCUGCAAUGCCGACCUCCACGACAAGCGCAGGAGGCGCGGAUAACAUGGGUAGCAGCAUGGGGGGCAUGGGAGAUAGGGAAUCGCAAACGGGGGAAUGUAAGAUCUCUAUGCUUUGGAAUUGGGAAACGAUCGACGCCUGCUUUCUCUCGGAAUCCUGGCAAGUCAAGUCCCGCGGCGGAUUUGCAGGCCUAUGCAUUGGAGUCGUGCUGCUCGUGAUCUUGCUCGAGUUUCUACGCCGCGCCUCUAAGAUCUACGACCAGCACUUGAUCCAUCAGCACGUAAAAGCGACCAGCGCCCUCGCCGCGACGACCGUGAACAACUCCUCGGAUACGGCUAACGGGGCUCUCAUGGCAAAAGAAGGCACUACGGCGCUCGUCCGUGCCACACCGUUUAGGCCUAAGCUCUGGCAACAGGCCAUCCGUGCUUCGCUGCAUACGAUUCAUUUUGCUCUAGCUUAUUGGAUCAUGCUGCUUGCUAUGUACUACAACGGAUACGUAAUCAUCUGCAUCAUCCUCGGCGCUUUCAUAGGGUUCUUCAUAAUGCAAUGGGAACAUAUAGACCCUCGGGGUGGCAGUGUGGCCAGCCUUGAUGGUGGUAAAGGCGUUACUGGUUGUCAUGGUUAAGCCCUAUGGAAUCCAUACGAACGAGAUCGGUGUAAUACUGAAGGACUGAGUUAGGGUGGGAAAUAUUCUGACCAACUAUUAGUUGAGCUAUCAGAAUAGCAGAAGCCGGACUUCCGGAAUAGAUAACAAUGCG